AUGGAUCUGGUCUUCCGGAAUGCGGUUCAGCUUCGAGUUGCCGAGUUGCUAGAGGAUGCAGUCAAUCAGGCAGAUGUCAGACCUCGACGAUAUAAUCACAGAUGUGAUGCUUUCGAUUUACCUGAAAGACAAUUCAUCAAGUUAUUUCGGCUAAAUAAGCGUGUCACAAAUCAUGUGAUUGAUAUCGUCGAACAAUAUUCAGACGAACCACGAAGAUCUUCAGCACUGGAUGCAACUAUACAGGUUUUAACAACACUACGCUUUCUUGCAUCCGGAAGCUAUCAACUUGACAUUGGACAGAAUGUGAAUAUGGCUAUCAGCCAGCCGUCAGUGAGCAGAUCGAUAAAGAAAGUGACAAGCAUUUUAGUUCGGCCAGAAGUGUUCGGCACUUGGGUUAAAUUUCCAAAUAAUUUGCAGUCCCUACUUGAAGUUCAGAAUAGGUUUUGGACGAAACAUCAUUUUCCAGGAGUUAUAGGGUGUAUUGAUUGUACACAUGUGGCCAUUUUCCCACCUCCGAGAGAUGAUGUAAAUUUUCCAGAACACAUUUACGUGAAUAGAAAAGGAUACCAUUCCAUAAAUGUUCAACUGAUAUGCGACUCCAACUUGAAGAUAAUGAAUGUGAGUGCCCGCUAUCCAGGUACCACUCACGACACGUAUAUUUGGAACAAUAGCAAUGUCCUUCCAUUAAUGCGAGAACUACACAAUCGUGACCAUCGCUUAUACUUAUUAGGCGACUCUGGCUAUGCACUCAGACCGUGGAUGAUGACUCCAAUACUAAAUGAUAACCUUAGUGCCGCAGAAAUUAACUACAACAAAAGGCAAAUGAGUACAAGAUCGAUUAUUGAACGCUUUCUGCACAAUAUGUGUGUCCACAAUGAUAUACCAGAUCCCGUACCAGAACCGGGAGAUGAAAUUUUGGACCUUGGCAUCCAUCCUGUAAAUAAUGCUGACGAAAAUAACAUACUCGGACGUCAUGGAAAUCCAGAAUUGAGAGCGGGGCGACAACUUAGGGACAGUAUAAUAAGACAGUAUUUUAUGUAA